GAACCUGAAUAGCCCCGGCAACGUAAAGGCAAGCCACCCCUGCAAGCGGCGGGCCAGCCAGAUCAAACGAAAGGUCACCUAGAAUUUUGAUGUCAAGCUGUUCUUUCGGGGUGAAUUCGGACACUUGGGAGCAACGCAACGAACGAGCUAGCCACAGCAGAACACACACCACGUCCGUUAAUACAAACCCUACUUAGUGACUGGCUAAGAGUUUGUGUUUCCGAAGAGCCACCUUUUUGGUUGUUGUCUCCCUCUUCUUUUUCCCUCCUCUCUUCUAAUUACCAGGUUCCGUCCGCGACUGUCACCCCCAUCGCAUCCUACCGUGCUGCCAGCAAAGACUUCGCGAAGAUGGUCGACAUCGACUGGUGGGGCCUGAUUGUGCCCUUUGCGUACCUGGUGGUGCUGAGCGGGACAUUCAUGACAUUUUCCACCAUCUACCGGAAGAGGAAAGCCACGCAAAGCGCGAACCUGGCGCCGUGGUUCGGCCCCCAUCUCCAGCGCAACAUCUACCUGUCGCUCCUGCACAUGGAGCCCGAGGCCAACGGGUCCGAGAAGGCGGCGGCGGCCAAGACGCCCAAGGUCCCCGAGAGCGUCAUACGUGCGGCGCUGCUGCGGCGCGCCGUCGAGGACAUCCACCGCAUUAUCCAGAUCCGCACUGCCAAGGCCGCCUGCAGCUCGCUCCUGCAGCGGGGCAGCGUCGGCGACGACCUGUGGCAGCGGUUCCAGCGCGCCGAGAAGGAGAUGGAGGAAGAGUUACGGGAUGUGGUUAUGGAGGCCAAUGCGCUCGCGCCGAACUGGGGCCAAAUCAUCUUCCAGUCAGCCAACGAGAUCGCCGCCAACACGGUGCUCAAGCAGCGGCUCGACGAGAUCCAGGCGCAGACGGAGCGCGAGAAGGAGUGGUGGGAGAAGCGGCGGUCCACCAUCAAGACCGAGUCCCUGAAGAAGCUCGAGGACGAGUCGGAGAAGACGCAGGGCAAAGUCGGUAGUGAAGACGAGCCCGUGCUGGUCGACACCAACACGCCCUCGGCGACGCCUGUGAGCGGCGGCGGGUCCAAGAAGAAGAAGGGCCGGAAAUAG